UGCAAUACUGUCCGAUAUGGGGGUAAUAUCCGCUCACCUUUACAUCAACAGGUAGAAAAGAACUUCAUCCGGAACCUAUGGGAGCCAAUGAAGCACACACAACGCCACCAAUUAUGCCUCACCUCCCUCUUUGUGCACGUCUCAAUCAAUAUCCACAUCACAAUAAAGCGACGCAGUAUUUAGACGGAAGAUGUAGGCUACCUGGAGCUGGUUGGAAGCCGGACGUUUCACUGGAGUAGACGGAUGGAGCAGUCGCCCAAGAGCGCAUGUGCUUCCGGCGUAGGUGAAGACGGAGGUUUUUAGGUUCUACUCGCCGCUCCGAGCUCCACUACUCUCGUCCUCGCUCGAACACUCGUAGUACCCGGCCUUCACCCGACUACUCCGUACUCGUACCUCCGCAUCCACCUACGACGCACAUUGGUUGACGAUCGCCAUUGAUCAAUCGCCACACAACCUCACGCUACGAAGGACGGCCGUGAUUAUAGAGGUGGUAUGAGGCGAGGAUUUCUCGAGGUGUCGGAGUGAAGGCCAUACAUAAUCCGCUACUUCUAGCUGGAGCCACUUCUGCUCCCGGGUGCAUCGCGAACGAUGCGGCUAUUCCAAACGAUCCGACUAUGAAUGGCGGUUCUUCCUCAACACUUUCACCUCAACCUCAUCCUCGCCCAAACCCUGAAAUAUCGACGCGCAGGGGUCUACCUCAGCUGAGACGCGGCCUUCCCGACAGCUCUUUGGGUGGUGUAACGGGAGAGGAGGCCAUGGAGGAGGGGCUCGAAGGGCGGCAUAGAAUCAGCGCGGUACGUACGCAGGUUUCGUUGCAUCUGUCCUAAGGGAUCACCACUAGUGACAAUAGUCCUCCUUCGGUAGAUAUCACAGUCCACCUUCGUUGUUCAACACUUUUGCUUUCGGUGUGUUUUGAACGGUAGCCACCAUGACAACCGUCACUCCCGCGCUCUCCACGAAACCUCAUUAGCUCGUAGCAGCAUGCCUUCGACAAACUCCAUGCCCCGCACUCCGCGCAGAGUCAUCCUUCACAUCAGGAGUCAACUCCGAACUCAUUCUCCAGCUCGAGAUCCAUCGCAUCCACCUAUAUCUCGACUUCCGCAUCCGCACAUCCAGCCUCACUCGAACUGCCGAAACCGUACCGCCCACUGCGGCUCUCCUUCCACCGCGACACUCCGAGACCUAUUGGCCGAAUACGUCAUCGGCUGAAGGAUGUAGUUAAAGAUUUGAGCGGGGUUGCUGGUAUAGCGAGACAGGAUAUGCUCAUCCGGUGUUUGUUAACGCAUAUAAUCAUCAGGAUAGCUGAACUCGAGUUCCAACCUCGGAUUCGGAUGUCUUCGACUCCCGUGCACAGGCACGCACGCUCAGGCCACGGUCGCCACCGCCACACAUCUCACCUUCGACUUGAGGUGACCAUGUCAGACGACGAUUGUUCGACUCCAUAUGAUCCUCACAAUAUGUUCAACCGGAACGAUGGAUGUCGACGGACGCCAGAAGUACGGAUUUAUUCACUGCAGGAGCUGUUGCUAGCGAGAAGUUUCCGCGUCGGCUUCCAAUCACAGGUUCAUUUCUAUUCUGUCCGCUUUUCAACCUCCCGUCUUAUUCGCAUGGUCAACGGAGCACGGUGACUGCUAUGAACCGUAUACUCACACUUUCACU